CCCCGCCGCCGAGCAGCGCCCGCGGCCGCCGGGCCAUGGAGCUCAUCGAGCUGCGGGAGCUGCAGCCCGAGCCGCGGCCGGGCCGGGGCCGCCUGGAACGAGCCAACGCGCUGCGCAUCAGCCCGGCCCGCCGGCCCGGCCCCGGGGCGCAUCCGGACCCGCGGCUGACGGCGGCACCGGGCGCCGGGCACCGCUUCGAGCCGCGGCGCCGCGGGCUGCACACCUGGUGCGAUCUCUGCGGGGACUUCGUCUGGGGCGGCGGCAGGAAGAGCCUCCAGUGCCGCCCGGGCACCCCCAGCGAGCACCGCCACCGGGCACCCUCACCACUGGGCAUCCCACCAACCGGGCACCCCUACAGGACACCGAGCAUCCUGGUAGUAGGCAGCCCCGCUGAGCACCGGGUGUCCCCACACUGGGCAUGA